GGGCAGGUUUCUGCUUACAGCUCAUUCCACAGUAACACUAACACUGACACUAACCACCACCGCCUCCUAAACACACAGAAAUCCACGCGCAGUGUCCCGUGCUUCUCCAGCGGAGCCUCGCUUCAACUAAAGCCGACUUUAAGGACUCUAAUGGCCGCAGACUGUGGAGUGUAAAGAGACUUUUUUUUGCCUUUUAACGUGGGAAAUGCUUCUCGUUCUUCCUCCUCCUCCUCCUCCUCCUCUCCCUGGUAUGUGGAUGUGGGAGCGACCAUGUUAGCAGCAGCUGGGCAGGUGAUGAAAGGAGAAGACGGCUGCGCUACCCCAAUGUAACGAGAGAGAGACGGAGAGGAAUUCACUACUGCUACUGGAAAAUCAGAAUGACCGUGCCUCUGCACCUCUGACCAGCACAACUGGAAUGAUAUCUUGAUCUGUUUUUUUUUCUUUUUCCUGGAAGUCACCAAGUUAGCGAUGAGUGGGGGGAAAUAAUGGCCAAAAACAAGGAUGCGCGGCCCCCGACAUUCGCCGUCAGCGUGGUCGGUCUCUCGGGGACCGAGAAAGAUAAGGGGAACUGUGGCGUGGGCAAGUCCUGCCUCUGCAAUCGGUAUGUGCGCCCCGAUGCGGACAGCUACUACUCGGAGCACACCUCAGUGCUGAGCACAAUAGACUUUGGUGGACGCGUGGUCAACAAUGACCACUUCCUCUACUGGGGGGACGUGCCCCAUCGAGGGGACGAUGGGUUGGACUGUAAAAUCCAAAUCAUAGAGCAGACGGAGUUCAUCGACGACCAGACGUUUCUCCCGCACCGGAGUACAAACCUGCAGCCGUACAGCAAACGUGCGGCAGCAACGAAGCUGCAGUCGGCAGAGAAGCUUAUGUACAUCUGCACUGACCAGCUGGGCCUGGAGCAGGACUUUGACCAGAAGCAGAUGCCCGACGGGAAGCUGAACAUUGACAGUUUUGUGCUCUGCGUCGACGUCAGCAAGGGUUGCAAUAGGAAGUUUGACGACCAGAUGAAGUUCGUGAACAGUCUCUACUCUCAGAUUGUGAAGUCGAAGAAACCCAUCGUCGUCGCCGCCACCAAAUGUGACGAGUGCGUGGACCAGCACCUUAGGGACCUGCAGAACUUUGUCGCCAGCAAGAAAAACCUGUUGCUCAUUGAGACGUCGUCGCGCUCCAACAUCAACGUGGAGCUCUGCUUCAACACUCUCAUCCAGCAGCUGGAUAAAGCGCGAGGGAAACCAAAAACUGUGCCAUAUCUAGAGGCUUAUAAAGUCCAACGGCAGCUUGUUGCCUCAGUAACGGAUAGAUUUGACAAAUUGAUGUUGCACACAGUAAGAGAUUACCACACCACGUGGAAAACGGUGGUCAGUAAUAUGAAGGGCCAACCCGACUAUGAUGAGUUCAUCACUCUGGAGGGCUCAAGGAAAGCACGCAGCAUGUUCUCAAAGCACAUUGCACAACUGAAACAGGAGCACAUUAGGAGGAGGAGGGAGGAGUACCUGACGACGCUGCCUAAAACCCUCAACAACAUCCUCAAUAACCUCGACGAGGUGGAACACCUCACCUGGCCCGAGGCGCAGAGUGUCAUCCGGAACCGGCCUGAUUUCCAGUACUGGUUUGUGAUUCUGGAGCACACGCCCUGGGAUGAGACGGACCACGUCGACAACAGCGACCGCAGGAUACCCUUCGACCUCCUCGACACGUUUGACGGCGAGAGGAUUUACCGCAGCCACGUCCAGCAUCUGCUGUCGGAGAAGAGGAGGGUGGAGAUGAAGGAGAGGUUCAAGAAGACACUGGACAGGGUCCAUUUUAUCAGUGCGGGGCAGCCUUGGGAGGAAGUCAUGUGCUUUGUCAUGGAGGACGAGGCCUACAAGUACAUCACAGAAUCAGAUAGGAGGGAUGUUUACUGCAGACAUCAGCAGGAAAUAGUUGAAAGGGCUAAAGAGGAUUUUCAGGAAAUGCUUUUUGAGCACGCCGAGCUUUUCUACGACUUGGAUCUGAACGCCACCCCCAGCUGCGACAAGAUGAGCGAGAUUCACAGUGUGCUGAAUGAGGAGCCCAGAUACAGAGCCCUGCAGAAGCUUGCCCCAGAUAGAGAGUCACUCCUCCUCAAACACAUCGGCUUUGUUUACCAUCCCACUAAGGAAACGUGCCUGAGUGGGCAGAACUGUGUCGAUCUGAAAGUGGAGCAGGUGUUGGCAAACAGGCUGGUGCAGCUUGACCACGGACGCUCUAAUCUCUACUACAACAGUGCCAACGUCGAUAAGAUCAACCUCUGCCUCCUGGGAAGGGAGGGUCUCUCACAGGAGCUAGCCAAUGAGAUCCGAGCUCAGUCCACAGACGACGAGUACACGCUUGAUGGUAAAAUUUAUGAACUGGAGCUUCUACCCGUGGACGUCAACUCCACUCUGCUCUUCAGCCACACGUGGAUCACCACCUUCAAGCCGCACGGCUGCUUCUGUGUCUUCAACUCCAUCGAGUCGCUCAACUGUAUCGGAGAUUGCAUAGGAAGGAUCCGAGCGGAGAUAGCGCAGAGUCGGAGAGAUAGAUUUGCUCAGCCGCUGCCGUUCAUUCUCAUCCUGGCAAACCAGAGGGACAGCGUUUGCAAGAACAUCCCCAUCCUUCGACACCAGGGGCAGCAGCUGGCAAACAAGCUGCAGUGCACCUUUGUGGACAUUCCCUCUGGGGCGUUUCCACGUAAAUUCACAGAGUUCCAAGUGAAGCAGGGUCUGCGAGCAGUCCUGGAUGGGCUGAAGCAUAAUUUUGACGUCUUGGCUCCUCUGCCUUCCAUCAAAGACAUGUCAGAGACUGACCUCAGGAUAGUCAUGUGUGCCAUGUGCUGGGAUCCUUUCAGUGUCGACCUCAUCCUCUCGCCUUUCCUGGACUCUCACUGCUGUAGCGCCGGACAGCCGGGCCAGAGCAACACCCUCAUACUGGACAAGAUCAUUGGCGACAGCCGGAGGAGGAUCCAGGUCACUGUCCUCUCUUAUCACUCUGCCAUCGGCGUUCGCAAAGAUGAACUGGUGCACGGCUACAUUCUGGUCUACUCUGCCAAGCGCAAGGCGUCCAUGGCGACCCUGCGGGCGUUUUUAGCCGAGGUCCAGGACGUAAUCCCCGUCCAGAUGGUGGCGAUCACAGACAGCCAGGCGGACUUCUUUGAAAACGACGCCAUCAAGGAGCUGAUGACGGAGGGCGAGCACAUCGCCACAGAGAUCGCCGCCAAGUUUACGGCGCUGUACUCGCUGUCGCAGUAUCACCGGCAGACGGAGGUUUUCACUCCCUUCUUCAACGAAGUGCUGGAGAAGAAGCCGAGCAUCGAGAGCUCCUUCCUGUUUGACAGCUCGUCGCGAGAGUGCACCACUGGCGCCAGUGAAGACGUCUUCCCCACCUCGCCUCAUAGCCACUCCCCCGCCUACAACACCUACUACCCAGAGUCUGAUGAUGAUAAUGAAGCCCCGCCUCCUUACAGUCCGAUAGGUGACGAUGUUCAGCUUCUCCCCACACCCAGCGAGCGCGCCAAGUACCGAAUCGACCUCGAGGGAAACGAGUAUCCGGUCCAUAGCACACCCGUGGGAGACCAUGAACGCAACCACAAAGUGCCUCCGCCUGUCCGGCCCAAACCAGUUCUCCCUAAACCCAAUGUAAAAAAGCUGGACCCCAACUUACUGAAAACCAUCGAGGCUGGCAUGCGGAGUAAUCGCAGGAUGGCGCGCGGCCCGACGACGCACGCGGAGGACGUGGAACCGUCGGACAACUAUGCAGACCCCGUGGACACCCUGCUCAGGUCCAGAGGCUUCCACAAUGAGGACAUAUAUGCCGUGCCCGAUGACGCGCACAGCCGCCUGGUCAAAAUCAGAAACUCCUUCGGCGGCUUGCACGGUCUCCACGGCGUGGGAGAGGAGGAGAACGGAUACGACAGGAAGACUCAGGCGGCCGGGAGGCGGCCGUCAAAAUACAAACAUCGCUCUAAAAUCCUCUUCAGCAGGACAAAGGCCUACCAGAGACGCUUCCACUCGGACAGCGAUGGGGAGGAUUCUGGUCCCGCCACGCAGAAAAAGAAAAAGGGAAGAGCCCACCGGGGCAGCGAGGAGGACCCGCUGCUCUCACCUGCUGACCCCUGGAAGGGUGGCAUAGACAACCCUGCCAUCACCUCCGACCCUGAGCAGGAGGACAAGAAGAUGAAGAAGAAGAAGACGCCCAAGACACCAAAGGAACCAAAGAAGCAGAGAUCCUCGAAGCCCCCGAAGCCUCUGUACCCUCCGACCAGGAGAACCUGGGAGAGCAACUACUUUGGCGUCCCUCUGCAGAACCUGGUGACCCUGGAUCGACCCAUCCCACUCUUUAUCGAGAAAUGUGUCGACUACAUCGAGCGGACGGGUCUGACGACGGAAGGCUUGUACCGCGUCAGCGGGAACAAGACGGACCAGGACAACAUCCAGAAACAGUUUGAUCAAGAUCACGGCAUCGACUUUGUGGCGAUGGACGUGGCGGUGAACGCUGCCGCUGGAGCUCUGAAGGCGUUCUUCGCUGACCUGCCUGAACCUCUGAUCCCCUACAGCUUUCAUCCUGAACUGGUGGAAGCAGCGAAAAUCGUGGACUACAUGGAGCGUCUGCAGGUGCUGAGAGAAAUCGUGAAGAAGUUUCCCUCUGUGAACUACCAGGUCUUCAAGUACAUCAUCACACACCUCAACAGGGUGAGUCAGCACAGUAAGCUGACGCUGAUGACGGCCGACAACCUCUCCAUCUGCUUCUGGCCCACGCUGAUGCGGCCCGACUUCGAGAACAAGGACACGCUCUCCACCACCAAGCUGAACCAGGCCGUCAUCGAGUCCUUCAUCGUGCAGAGCGACUACUUCUUCCACGGCGGCGAGGUCGCCGAGAGCUCCAGCAGCGAGGGCACGCCGCCGCCGCACUGCCAUAACAUGGUGGAGGCGCUGCUGCCGCUGCAGCUGCCGCCGCCGCUGCAGCCGCAGCAGAUCCAGCACGCGCUGCACCCCGACCCGCUCAUUUAAGAGCCACGGGAGCAGGAUGGGGGGAGGGCGGAGGGGGCGGAGCACGUCUGUCUCGGAUGUUCUAACUUAAAAAACAAAAAAUAAACGUCUGGUUGGUGAUUUUCCCUCUGUCAGGAUUCAGCAGCUGUUUGUCAAAUCAGAGCUAAUCUGUGACAUCUGCUCAUAAAUCCCCGGAUUAGAGAAUUACAAUCCCACAUCACCCUUUUUUGGAACUAACAUUCGGACGUAACCUCCUCCUCCUCCUCCUCCUCUUCUUCACUACACAGAGACUGGCUUUGAUUUGGCACAUAGAGACAACACUCGUCGUCUAGCAGGGUUGCAUCUAAGACUCCGGGGAUUCUGGGAUACAUUUUUUGGGGGUCUUAAAUGAAGAGUAUACUCCCCUCUGUCUUACCUGAUGGAAUAGCACACUCCUCCUCCUCCUCCUCCUCCGUUAAAGGGAAGUUAGCGUAGAGAGAAAGUCCCUGUGACUGCAACGACUGCACCGU